GGGGUCUUUCACGGCGGCGACGCGACAGCGCUCCAAAAUUCUUUUCGCACCGUUACCGCCCAAGCCACUUGCAUGCCUGUGCGGGACCCUGGGCCAGCGAAUGAGACACGGCGCUAGCCCAAAUAUGACAUAAUUUACAGCGCUUUGGGGUCUGGAAUGGGUCAAUGCAAGGUCCCGAUUUAUUCGCUUAGCCGUGCGUUGUUGGGGGUUCAACACUUUCCGCAAUUCACCCCGGUCGUCCACGCCUCCAUUCCGCCGCCUUAAUUACUUGCUUCCCACCUUCCUUCUGUCCCCUCACCUCUUUCUCCUCGCCCACACUCGCCAACCACUGUCUCAUUCCCUAUCGAGCGUGGUGAAGCCUGCCUGCCUUUCGUUGCAGCAGCUCUGUGGAUUACCCGAGGACCACCGGAGCGUCAUCCGCCUUUCCUCUCCGACCUACUCGGAUUCUUUCGUUUUUCCUGUAUCCUAUACCGCCUCGCCAUCAUGCCUUCGCACCAACCCGUCGCCGGCGAGCUCACCGUGGACCCUCAGUACGUCUCGCAGCCGUCUGCGAUGGCUAGCACUGCUGAGCCCAACCGCAACUCCAAAUAUGACCCGAAGAAGCCACACAUCACAGAUCUCCCGAUUACGAGGCAAAACUGGUACAAGCACGUCAAUUGGCUCAAUGUCUUUCUCAUCGUCGGUAUUCCCAUGAUGGGAUGCGUUGCCGCCUUCUGGACCCCCCUGCGUUGGCAGACCGCCCUUUGGGCUGUCAUAUACUACUUCUGGACUGGUCUGGGAAUCACGGCUGGAUACCAUCGUCUUUGGGCACACAAGUCAUACUCCGCUGCUCUGCCGCUGAAAAUUUUCCUCGCUGCCGUGGGUGGUGGUGCUGUCGAAGGUUCGAUCCGCUGGUGGAGCCGUGAUCAUCGCGCCCAUCAUCGCUACACCGACACCCAGAAAGACCCCUACAGCGUUCGAAAGGGCCUAAUGUACAGCCACAUCGGCUGGAUGGUCAUGAAGCAGAACCCCAAACGCAUUGGCCGCACUGACAUCACGGACUUGAACGAGGAUGCCGUUGUUGUCUGGCAACACCGCCACUACCUCAAGGUCGUCUUCUUCAUGGGACUAAUCUUCCCGACCCUCGUGGCUGGUCUUGGAUGGGGCGACUGGGUGGGAGGUUUCAUCUAUGGCGGUAUCCUCCGCAUCUUCUUCGUCCAGCAGGCCACUUUCUGUGUCAACUCGCUCGCCCACUGGCUCGGCGAUCAGCCCUUCGACGACCGCAACAGCCCCAGGGACCACGUCGUUACUGCACUUGUUACCCUCGGCGAGGGAUACCACAAUUUCCACCACGAGUUUCCAUCCGACUACCGCAACGCCAUUCAGUGGCACCAAUACGACCCUACCAAGUGGUGCAUCUGGCUCUGGAGCAAGCUUGGUCUUGCCUACAAUCUGAAGCAGUUCCGUUCCAACGAAAUCGAAAAGGGCCGCGUCCAGCAGCUCCAGAAAAAGCUUGACCAGAAGCGCGCCAAGCUCGACUGGGGUGUCCCUCUCGACCAGCUCCCCGUUAUCGAAUGGGACGACUAUGUUGAACAGGUUAGCAAUGGCCGUGGUCUCAUCGCUGUCGCUGGUGUUGUUCAUGAUGUCACCGACUUCAUCAACGAGCACCCUGGAGGCAGGUCCCUCAUCAAGAGCGGUCUUGGCAAGGACGUUACCGCCAUGUUCAACGGUGGCGUGUACCUGCACUCCAAUGCCGCGCACAACCUGCUCUCUACUAUGAGGGUAGGUGUCAUCCGUGGUGGCUGCGAGGUCGAGAUCUGGAAGCGCGCCCAGCGGGAGAACAAGGAUGUCCAGCACGUCAAGGACGACGCUGGCAACCCCAUUAUCCGGGCAGGAAACCAGAUCACCAAGGUCCAGCAACCCAUCGUCAGCGCGAGCGCUGCAUAAGUGUCGUUUCCACGUUUUUGCUCUUCUUGGGUUGUCAUCAGCGACUUUGGCGUUCGGCAGCUCUACGCCAUAGCGGCGUGGUAAUUCUCAAGCAUUCGUUGGAGGGUGUUAUCACUCCUCAAAACACGGUUAGACGGAGUUAUGAUUCCGAUAUCAGAUCAGCGAUUGUCAUAGAAGCCUACAAAUUGGCGAACAUGACCUAGGUUUGGUAGUAUAGUCCGAGAAAUUAUGAUAUCCAUUCA